AUGGAGAUGGAGCGGUACCUCGGGGACACGACCACGACGCCCAACAUCACAAACUGCACGGGACCCCCGACCAGCAGCCUCCAGGCGGCGAGGUUCACGGACAGGAUGGCGGUGGUGGUGGUCGUGCUCGGCCUCCUCACCCUCCUCACCGCGCUGAUCAACAUCGCCGUCAUCGCUGCCAUCUGCACCACCAAGAAGCUCCACCUGCCCGCCAACUACCUCAUCUGCUCCCUGGCCGUCACUGACUUCCUGGUGGCGAUCCUGGUGAUGCCGAUCAGCAUCCUUUACAUCACCAUGGAGACGUGGACGCUGGGCCAGGUGGUGUGUGAGGCCUGGCUGAGCAUCGACAUGACCUGCUGCACCUGCUCCAUCCUGCACUUGUGCGUCAUCGCGCUGGACCGCUACUGGGCCAUCACCAAAGCUAUCGAGUACGCCCGUAAGAGGUCGGCCAGGCGGGCGGCUGUCAUGGUCGGGAUCGUCUGGGUCAUCUCCAUUUUCAUCUCCAUGCCGCCUUUAUUCUGGAGGCAGAGGCCCGGCAGCGGCGUCAAGAAAUGCAUCAUCGAGCACGACCACCUGGGCUACACCAUAUAUUCAACUUUUGGGGCCUUUUACAUCCCUAUGAUCGUCAUCCUUAUCUUAUAUUACAGGAUUUACCACGCUGCCAAGACUCUAUACCAGAAACGAGGCUCCUCUCGGCACCUCAGCAGCCGGAGCAUGGGCAGCCAGAACUCUAUGGACCACUGCCGCGUGUCCCACACAUACUGCGUGUCAGACUUGUCCAACUCAGAUCCCACCCUGGCCAUCGAAAAGCUCAACGUCACCAUCCGCGUCCCGUCCUUCGAGACAGACAUGGACGGGCCCGAUGAGAAAAACCAGAUAUGCACCUCCCGUGAGAGGAAGGCGGCGCGAAUCCUCGGCCUCAUCCUCGGGGCUUUCAUCAUCUGCUGGCUGCCUUUCUUUAUAAAGGAGCUCUUGGUGGGUUUACGGGUGUUACAGCCUUCCCCGUUUGUCUCUGAUCUCCUGACGUGGCUCGGGUACAUCAACUCUCUCAUCAACCCCUUGCUGUACACCAGCUUCAAUGACGACUUCAAGCUGGCUUUUAAGAAACUGCUCAGACGGAAGGAGCAUGCGUAG